AUGAAAAGAAAGGGCGACGACAGCGAAAACAAAGAACGACGACAGCGAAAAAAAACGACAAAGGAAAAGAAAGGGCGACGACAGCGAAAACAAAGAACGACGAGAACGGAAAAAAACAACGACAAAGGAAAAGAAAGGGCGACGACAGCGAAAACAAAGAACGACGACAGCGAAAAAAAAACAACGUCAAAUGAAAAGAAAGGGCGACGACAGCGAAAACAAAGAACGACGACAGCGAAAAAAAAACAACGUCAAAUGAAAAGAAAGGGCGACGACAGCGAAAACAAAGAACGACGAGAGCAAAAAAAAACGACAAAGGAAAAGAAAGGGCAACGAGAACCAAGAGCAACCAUAAAGGAAAGGAAGGAAAAGAAAAAAGAAAAACAACGACAACAAGAAGAAAGAACAAUGACAAAGCGAACAAAGAACAAUGAGAAAAGAGAAAAACAAUAG